AUGGUCGCCACCUCUUUCAUGACUGCUCUUGCACUUGCGGGUGCCGUCGCUGCUGCUCCCACCAGCGGAAGCUACAGCCCGAAGCCCGGAGAUCUUCCUGCCUCCCUGAAGGUCGUUGACACCGACCUCUGCCUCGACAACGCUCACGGUAACACCAACAUCGGUAACCCGAUCAACGGAUGGUACUGUGAGGGUCCCUCCAACAAGAAGCAGGGCUGGUUCCGUGAGAAUGGCAAGCUCCGCCUGGCUGGUGUCGAGGACAGGUGUAUUGGUGUGAACAAGCAGGAUCGUCUCGUCCUCGCUUCGUGCACCAAGAACGGACCCGAGAUUAAGACUGUCACGUUCGGCUUUGGUCUCCCCAGCGAACAGGCUUCCACCCCCGGCGAGGGUGCUUACCUGUGCACCGACGUCGCUGCUGUCCCCGGACGGAUCGUUAAGGCUACGUGUGUCAAGGCGCCCGUGGCCGGUGUCCAGGUUCAGCUUGUGUCCGGCCCGCCCGGCACUCACACCCCGAUCUCGUGGCAGGACGGCGCUGCCGGUGUCUACAGGGACACUUCCGCUCCUCACUACCCGGUCAACCCUAACAUCGAGUAG